CUAAAAGGGCUCCAAAUUAAAAAAUAAAAAUCAGUAAUUGCACUUCAGCUCUCUCAAAUCAGUUCGAUUUCCUCCUCUCCAGUUUUUGUUUUUCUCUGGAUUCUACGCAACAUUGUUCAGUUUCAGUAAAAAUCAGAUUUUGAAGCAUGAGGUCGUUGAAGGAGGAUGCAUCGACCAGCACUGAUCAAUUAACUCAUCUAGCAAGAAGGGCCGACGAAGCACUUGACUUAAUUGCAGCCGUAAAAGGACUACAUGGGCUUACUUCUCAACAGCUCAGCAAGCUAAUUAGGGAUUCUGGAAACAAUAUCCUUCAGCACAGUACUGAAGACGGAUUGCUUGUACAGAUUGAUGUGGAAAAAUUUGCAAGAAAUCUUCCUGCGCACCUUAUUUCAGUGGUUAUGGCAUGGGAAAGGGAAAAAUCCACAUUCAAGUACUUGUUAUGUGGGAUCCUCCUGUUGCAUUCUAUGUGCGAUCUUGCGUCUCGGGUGCCUAAAAUUGAGCAGAUAUUGCUUGAUGAUGUGAAGGUUUCAGAACAACUGAUUGACCUGGUUUUUUAUCUGCUAAUUGUCCUUGCUUCUGACAGACAGGAACAUCAGGUUCCCAAUGAUAUGAUACUCUUGCACUCAGCCCUUGUUGCAUGCAGUCUGAAAUUGUUAACUGUGAUAAUUUCUCCACAAUGGCAAGAGGUUGCUCAAGUUUUGACUGCGUAUUACAAGCUGAUGAUGGAGAGUUUGUGUCAGAUUGACGUAUUUAUGGAAGCAGCGUUUACUGCAGUUUGUAAAGAUAUUAAGUUUCUCCAGACCAAGUUGUCUGCUCAAAGUGCUGAGUCCUCUGGAAACAUUACUCCUACCAAUGAAGAAACAUUGAAUCAUCUUUGUCAACAGUGUGAAUCUUCUCUGAAGUUUUUACACUCUUUGUGUCAACAGAAGUUGCUCCGCGAGCGCAUUGUUAAGAAUAAGGAGUUGUGUGGCAAAGGAGGUAUCCUGCUGUUGGCUCAAGCUGUCAUUAACUUAAAGAUAUCACCAUUCUAUAGUGAAACCUCCCCUUAUAUGGCUACUGUCUCUGGCCUGAAGUCUAAAGCUUUAUCUAUUCUCUUGCACCUUUGUGAAGCUGAAAGUGUUUCCUACCUGGAUGAGGUUGCCAGCAAUCCUGGAAGUCGGGAUAUGGCAAAGUCUAUUGCAUUACAGGUUCUUGAGCUACUGAAGAAAAUGUUUGGUAUACAUUCCAAACUGAUAACUGCUUCAAGUGAGAAAAUCUAUCCAAAAGGUCAAUUGGAACUGAAUGCAAUGCGCCUGACAGACAUCUUCUCUGAUGAUUCAAAUUUUCGGUCUUUCAUAAUGAUUAACUUUACUGACGCUCUGGCAUCAAUCUUUUUACUCUCGCAUGGAGAGUUUUUGUCUGGUUGGUGUUCAUCUGAUCUUCCCGUUUAUGAGGAUGAUACGACUCUGGAAAUACCUCGAGCAUCCUAUGCACACCAGAGAACAUCGUUAUUGAUUAAAGUAAUAGCAAACCUUCAUUGCUAUGUUCCUAAUGUGUGUCAAGAUGAGAAGGAUCUCUUUCUCCACAAAUUUUUCCGGUGCUUACAGAAGGAACCUCAGAAAAUAUCAGAUGCAUCAUCAUCAAUUCUUGAUGCUGAAAAAGCAAUUACUAUUACCAAGAAUUUAUGUUCACUGUUGAGUCAUGCUGAGUCCUUGAUUCCUGGAUUUUUAAACGAGGACGAUGUGCAGCUACUAAGGUUGUUUAUAAGUCAAUUUGAAUCUUUAUUUGCUCCUGGUGCAUCUGAAGAUAAUCACAUUCAAGAAGUUCAAAAUACAGAAGUAUGCCCUUUGCCGUUGCUGACAAAAAUAGCUUCGGAUCAUGACAAUAGAAGCAUUAAAGUCAAAGAGAGCAUAUUGGAGAAUGAUGCUUUUCAAGAAGUGAGUCGAUUGGAGGUCAAAAUCAAUGGGAAUGAUGAAUCAAUUAAUGUGGAAAGAAAAUCUGGGAGGACUGAACAAGGUAAACCUACUGGGGGUGCCACUGAAAUUGAGAGAGAGACUCAAAAUUUUGAAACAAGUGGAUCAGAUUCGAGUUCCACACGAGGUAAGAACUCUGUGGACCGGAUGGAUGUUGAUCACAUCAAAGAGAGUGGUUUUGUAGAAAGCCAGGAGGAUGAAAAGGUUGAAACCAUGCAUUCUGACGAGAAGCAGCAAAGGAAACGCAAGCGAACCGUCAUGAAUGAUAAACAGAUAGCACUUAUUGAGAAUGCACUUGUAGAUGAACCCGACAUGCAUCGUAAUUCAACUGCCUUACGAUUCUGGGCUGAUAAAUUAACUCUUCACGGUGCUGAGGUUACGACUUCUAGGCUAAAAAAUUGGCUCAAUAACCGAAAAGCCAAACUAGCCCGUGCUGCUAAAGAUGGUCGAGUGCCAUCUGAAGGUGACAAUCUUGACAGACAAGGCGGGCCUGGAGUCACGCUUCAUUUUGACUCACCCCAUUGUCGUCCUAUGGAAGAUGUCUACUUGCCAUCUGCUACAAAAGGGGGUCGAGAAAUUGAAAUUACGGAUACAGUAUCGAGACCCAGUAUUAACAAGAACUUUGGUGCUUCAAUUUCACCUAUAGAUCUUACCCAAUCAGAUUUUGUUCACUUUGAGUCGGGGCAGUAUGUAAUGCUUGUAGGCGAGAAAGCAGAAGAGGUUGGAAAGGGUAAGGUAUUUCAGGUCCUAGGCAAAUGGUCUGGGAAAAACUUGGAGGGAUCGGGUAUGUGUGUAGUGGACAUCAUUGAGCUUAUAGUUGAUAGAUUUUCCAAGGUUCUGCAUCCAUUGGAAGUCACUGGCUCGACUUUCGAUCAGACACAGAAAAAGCUUGGUUGCAUACGCGUGUUAUGGGAUACAAACAAGCUCUUUCCCUUGCCCUUGCCUCCUAGGUGAAUUGGAGAUCACGUCGAAUGUAGAAAGAUCUGAUUGAAGCAGCUGCCACAGGGACGGGGUAUUAAAUCAUGACGUGCUCUCUUUCAUGAGGUGGACAACAAAUGUGGUGGUACUUUCUGUAUCAUUCAGUGCUGCAAAAAUUGCCUUCACAAACUAAUUUCAUGGCAGAAUGGUCGAUAUUGUGGCUUCAAUGCCGUGAAGUGACAAGAGGUUGAUGAGCUUAGUGACGUGGCAGAUAUUGAGUCAAGAAACAUGUAAAAGAUGUAUUCAUUUUCCGUACUGGUCGAUGUCAAUACAUUGGAAGAUUUGCUCGACUCGGAGGAAGAUUUUCUUUAUUUUGAUGAGCUUGCUUCUCAUCAUGUUUGGUAGAUAGUAUCAGAUGAUGUUAACUUCGAAUGAAAUUGAAGCUCAUGCAGCGGCUAGAAUUUGAUUGAAA